GGGCGCUGCCGGUAUUAAUAAUAUUAAUUUAUCUAAACACAAGUCAGUUUUAAGUGAAUAUCGUUUCUCGUAUAACUUAAAAGAAACCAAAAAUGUUGUGCAUUAAUAUGUUUAUAAAAAUCUGUAAAUAAUAUACUAAUAAACGAAAUUCUGCGAAUCCACAAAUAUUAUUUUAGACAAUAAUAAAACAUUUAAUAAUGAUUACUAUACUGUCUUGAGAUACGAAGUCUUCAAGCUGUGAUACAUAUUAUCUUAAAAUAUUGUAGAUAAUAUUUAAUUUAAUAAUUAUUGACAACCCAACGGUUUUCCCUUCUUUGUAAUUCUGCACUUCAAGUGUUUCAUGAAAAUACUUCAAUAAAACAUGUGGGACAAAAUAAUCUACGCAUUUGUUAUAAUGCUUGCUACUUAUAUACUGAAGCAACUAUUUUCGGAAACGCCAAAUAAUAUUAAGUUUCAAUCGAAGUUUCUCGUAUUUUACAUUUGGACUUCCUUCGUGGCAUUAUUUACCUUACCCUUUUUUGUAUUUCGUCCAAAAAACGUGAAGAACUCGCUAUGUGGAGCCCAAAUCGUUAAGCAUGUAACCAAAUUAAUUGAGGUCAAAUGGCAUUUACGGAAUGGCAGGAUAUUGGCUGAAGAUAGGGGUGCAGUUAUCAUAUCAAAUCAUCAAUCUUCUUUAGACAUUUUAGGCUUGUUUAAUGUAUGGCAUGUAGCAGUAAAAGUUGCAGCAAUUGCAAGAAAAGAACUCUUUUAUAUCUGGCCAUUUGGUCUUGCCGCAUAUUUAGCUGGAGUUGUAUUCAUUGACAGGAAUAGUACCAAGGAUGCAUACAAACAACUUAAAAUUACGUCAGAUGUGAUGAUAAAAAAUAAGACAAAAAUAUGGAUAUUUCCCGAAGGAACCCGAAACAAGGAUUUUACUAAGUUACUGCCAUUUAAAAAAGGCGGUUUCAAUAUAGCUGUUGCAGCACAGGUGCCAAUCAUUCCAGUUGUCAUAUCGCCAUACUAUUUUAUUAACAGAAAGAAAAAUAUUUUCAGUAAAGGUCACGCCAUAAUCCAAUGCCUAGAACCGGUGCCUACAAAAGGUCUAACAAUGGAAGAUGUACCAGAAUUAAUAACAAAAGUGAGGAAUAUAAUGGAAAUUGCAUACAAGGAGUUAUCAAAGGAAGUCAUUAGUGCCUUACCGCCUAACUAUCCCUUAGAAACUGAGGACUGAAGUAUGUAAAUUCUCGUUUGAAUGAUAAACAAAUUACGUGUGUAAUUGGGUAAACCAAAUCUUUCAACAGGGCUACUCUGUAACUCAAAAAACUAUUGUGGUUUCGUUAUAUCCAUUUUAUCCUUUAUUUGCGACAUCUACUCGUAGAACUACAUCAAAAUGGAUUUGCGUCUUAAGAUGACGUCAUAAUUAUUACUUUUAAAAGCAUACAUUUUUCUUUACAGAGUAGCCCUGGUAUUAAAAUCUCAAAAAUAACUGUAAUAAGAUAUGUACGAGAAGCGCGUAUUAGAAUUAAGAUGCUAAAAUUCUAUUUAUACCACAGAUACUGCCGAUUUAGAAAGUAAAAAUAACGCUUGUUAUCUAUCUAGCUUCAUUAUAGUCAACAGCGUUUAGUAAUAAUUCAUUUGUUUUAUGCCAUUUAAAUGUUUCUCAUAAACAUUUAUUCUGUACUAAGGAAGCAACUUUUGCUUAAAGGGUCGUCAACAUAGACAUUUUAGUCAUUCGUGAUAAUCGGUUCAGAAAAUAAAUUCAUUAAAUCUGUCUGCACUAUCGGUGUGUAAAAUAAUGCAAGCAAAAGUCCCUUUUCAAUACAUUCAUACAAGUUAUGCAAUAUCUGAAACCACAAAUCUCACUAAGCGCAAGAAUAGUCAAUCAAUCUUGUGCAAUAAUCAUUAGUUUAAUAAUGUUGCCAUUUAUUUUAGGGCUAUAUAUUAUAAUUUAGGUAUGUUUAGUUUCUAAGGCUAAGUCGUUCCAAUCGAAUAUUUGGAUUUAUAAGACAAAGAUGCUCACUUUAAAUUAGUUUUGAUGUACUCCUAAAAUUAUCAAAGGGUCACACUUGAGGUUGAUCCUUAGUGGCUUAUAGUAUUAUUAUUUACGAAAAUGUUACGCAUUUUUUCCGACUUCAUCCCAAAGCUUAAGAACAAUUAGGUCAAUUAUACAAACUAUCACUCAGAGUAACUUUAUGACUUAACGUUUUCUUUCUAAAAAUUUAUUAUUAGUUCACGAUAUAUACGACCUUGCCUAUUGAUCAGUCCUUAAAUAAUUAAUCAUAGACUUCGCAGGGCCGUUUUUUUAAAUAUAUUUAUCUCAAUUGACGUAAUGGACGUACAUUCAUUUGGACAUUUUGUUUAUGAAAGGUACACCACAGCUUUCUUUUUAAAACCAUUGACAAUUUCUUAAUAAAGUAUAAAUGUUGCCGCUCGAUGGACGAGGACUGCAUACACAAACAUGUUUUCUAAUCCCGCUAAAUAACAGUCGAUUUUGCUUACGAAGGUCGUGAAAUAAACGUGUUCUUACUAAUUUAGGUUUUUAGUUCUUGUGAAGACUUUUUUAAUAGUUAACAUGAAAUAAAUGCCGUUUAUACAAGACUUUUGUCUAUAGUCAAAUAUGUCGUAAAUGUUCUUGAUAUUAGACUUUUAAUAUUCAUUCUUUAGAAGUGCGUUCUACAAUGAACUUGACGUAUUUUGAAUUAUUGCCAUGUUUUACUAUCUACUAAUAAAUAAGAAAACCAGUCAAAUCCAUAAGUAUUAAUUAAUUUACUAAGUUUACAUAUAUUUUACGUUUACGUUAGAAUAAUAACUAUUGCAGCAAGAGGCAGUUAAUUCCCAGAGAACUACAUGCGUAUAGAUGCUAUAAAUUGUAAUACGAAUGUAGAAUACGAAAUUCCUUGUAUUUCUACAGAAUAACAAUCAUUAGUUAAUUUAGGCUUAUAUUUUACUCUUACCUUCAUACGAGUGCGCGUGAGUUGAAUUAAUUCAUUGUAUUGGUCAACAAUGAUUUAUUUGGUUUCUCAAUUGUCUAUAGUUAAUUAGUGACCCAAUUGUAUAUUAUUUUUAAUCAAUUGUAUUUUAAUUUUAUUUAACCUAUACAAGUUGCUACAGUCCUAAAUAUUCUCAGAAAUUCGUCAUAAAAAUUUAAUCAUCAGAGUUCGGACUCUGUAACUUCCAGUAUUGGGAUCGCCCUAAUCUCAUGAACGAGUUUUUGUUCGGCGCGAUGUUCUCACAUCAUCGCUACGAAAUUGAAAGAACAACAUCGAAUUUGCAUAGAAAACAUUAAAUCGGUAUAGACAAUAUUGGAAGUAGCAGACAGGCCAUUCGACAGUUACGAGAUCGAUACAUAAUUCGUACAACAGUUAAUACAAUAAAACGUAUAUUAUAAUCUUUAAAAAAAAGUAUACAGUGUGUGUAUGGGCGGUAUAGCUUAACUUAAGCCUCCUGCCCCUUUGCUCCUAAUUAUUAAUAUUUAAAUUAACCAAAAAUCUAUAAUUUUUGGUUGAUUGAUUGAAACCAAUUCCUUUAGUUUAAACAGUGUAAUAUGACUUAGUUAUUGAAAAGGGGGUAAAGACUAGGGGGAAGCCAACAGGCUUUAUUAGCCGUUAAAUAAACAGCCUAGCCUUUUUACUAAACUUCGCCGUUUUACUAACGGCCUGAAAGAUGUUUCAGCCUGUUGAUCAAACAGCUAGGCAAAUGACUUGGAUCAAUGACGUUUCAUUACUUACCUUGUUUGUUGACUGUUUAAUUAAACUUUAAUUACACUUGUGCCACUCUCAAACUCGAUACGAAACUCUUCAAACUGUCAAUAUCGCAAACCACAACUUUGAUGGUGCUUUUCAUAGUUUCAUGAAAAACAACAAGUACAAUGGAAGAGCGUAGUGGCAAGGAUAAUGUGAAAUGGACUCAAGCGAUUUAAUUUUUAAAGGAAUAUUAUUUACGUCAUGUGUUUCUUCUUUUUAUUUCUGCCAAAUAAUGACUAUCGUUCGAAUGGCCUAGCUUUAGCCAGCCAGUUUUUAAUGUUGUAACAAAUGCUAGGGCUGAAUGUCUUACAGGCCGCUAGUUAAUCGGCGCCUUUUAGUUAAAAUUCUAGGCUGUUUAUUGAACGGCAAAUUAAGGCCGAGGUGUCAAGUCAAAAACGAUUUUUGUCAUACACAAGGUAACUUUUUUUUAUAAUAAAAAGUAAUAACUAUAGUAAAAUACUGGCCACUAUUAAUUUUUAUAAAUUGAAAUUGUUCUGGCACGUGUGUUAGCAAGAACUAGCCAAGUUAUAAGAUAUAAUUGUAUAAACUGGUAUUAUGAUUAAUGUGUGUUUGUGAUUAUACUAGUCUAUCUGAUUGACGUAGGAAUAUUUCAAGUAAUUUUUGAUACAUUCAUGUUACUGAAUUUUUAUAUCUAACUUUUCUGUAUUUAGUGGACUUAUAUCUGAGAUAUAUUUUUAUUGAAAGUAUAUUUGAUGAUAAUUUUUAAGGGAUUAAAUAUAAUAUUAUAUAGAUUGAUAGCUUUCAUAAUUUAUUUCUACUGAAUUUUGUGACAUUAAUAUUGAUGAUGUAUUUUACAAUAUUUAGACGAAAAAAUAUGAAUUGUUUAUAACUCAAAGAUCUAUUAAUAGAAUGUAUGAAACAUUUCUUAUUCCAGUUUUCACUUUACAAACACACACUGUGUUAAACGCCAUAAUAUGUAUUAUCUUAGCCAUGGUGUUGUAACUCAUAUGAAAAAACUUUUUCGUGAUUUAUUGCUAUCUGUGGCAUAGUUUACUCUAGAUAUAAAAAACUACGCUUUAGCACAUAUUGUCCCUUAUUGUAACUUUUGUGUUUUUAAUUAUAAAAUAUUGUAAUUUGUGAUAUACCUGUGUUUUAGAGUAUGGUCUUUAGGGUUUACGUUUUUGUGUGAUCAUUCAAUUUU